AUGAAAGCGGCAAAGGCACCUUUCAAUUUCGGAGGACAGAAGGGCAGCAAAGGCAGCGACAUAGCGGCCCUCGAGUCUGCGCUACAGCAACUUCUCCUCCGCGCUACCGAUGCCCGCCCUACCGCCACUGCUCCCCUUCCUUCCGCCAGUUUUUUGCCACGGUCGAUGCUCCGGACCUUGCUUUCCAGCGGCCUUGAUGCUGCGGCUCCGGAAAGCGUACGGCUGUUAUCGUAUCGCGUGCUAGCCGAGGGGAGAGGCAUUGCGCGGCAGGGGGGAGCGGCACCGGAGGCAAUCGAGAGCCUGAAGGCAGUCGUCCUGAGAGAGCUUCAGACCGACAUGCAAGAGGAAGGACAAGACCGGGGCGUGGAUGAAGGCGGAGGCGAAGACGUCUUUGCACAGGUCGACGCCGACACGGACAAUGUACGCAUAUGGGCCCUCCGAGCAUUGCUGAACAACGCAACGGACGCGCAUUUGCUCUUGUUUUUAAGGUGUGGCAACUUGGAAGGCCAGGUCACGGUCCCUGUAUUCUCGUCAGACGGGGUCUCGUUGCUUUCCACGGUACUGCUUCGGACUGAAUCCGCAGGAAAGACACGGCCUUCCUAACGGGCCUGAAGGCGGCCGUUUCUCCACCCAGCCCCACCGACCCGCUCAGACCCGCCGUCCUCUUCUAUCUGGGAGUACAAGCCUUGCCUCGCCUCGCCGCUGCCCUCCCUUCCCUCCCCCUCA